CACCGGGUUGGACACUGCUUAUGGGAAAGUUCCUUGAACGCUGGAUUUUUGGGAUUCGGCGUCAACAUCAGAUUCCCUGGGGUAACGUUAACAUCGGUUUCCCCGGAGUGGGCGUCAACAUCAGAUUCCCUGGGGUGACGUUAACAUCGGUUUCCCCGGAGUGGGCGUCAACAUCAGAUUCCCUGGGGUGACGUUAACAUCGGUUUCCCCGGAGUGGGUGUCAACAUCAGAUUCCCUGGGGUGACGUUAACAUCGGUUUCCCCGGAGUGGGUGUCAACAUCAGAUUCCCUGGGGUGACGUUAACAUCGGUUUCCCCGGAGUGGGUGUCAACAUCAGAUUCCCUGGGGUGACGUUAACAUCGGUUUCCCCGGAGUGGGUGUCAACAUCAGAUUCCCUGGGGUGACGUUAACAUCGGUUUCCCCGGAGUGGGUGUCAACAUCAGAUUCCCUGGGGUGACGUUAACAUCGGUUUCCCCGGAGUCGGCGUCAACAUCAGAUUCCCUAGGGUGACGUUAACAUCGGUUUCCCCGGAGUGGGUGUCAACAUCAGAUUCCCUGGGGUGACGUUAACAUCAGUUUCCCCGGAGUGGGUGUCAACAUCAGAUUCCCUGGGGUGACGUUAACAUCGGUUUCCCCGGAGUGGGUGUCAACAUCAGAUUCCCUGGGGUGACGUUAACAUCGAUUUCCCCGGAGUAGGUGUCAACAUCAGAUUCCCUCGGGUGGGUGACGUUAACAUAUCCCUACGGUGGGUAUCGUCAACAUCAGAUCAGUUCCAAGAGUGGAGGUAGUCAACAUCGGAAUCCCAAAGGUGGGGGUCGCCAACAACAGAUUCCCCGGUAUGGAUGUCCCCAAAAUCAGAUUCCUUGGGUUGGGUGUCGUCAACAUUAG